UUUGGACAACUGAUAGGGAACUCGACUGUGGUCUCGGUGGGAUUGAAGAGCCGUGAGGGUUUAGUUUGGAGUGCUGAGAAGUCCUGGACUGCUGGUUAUUGGAUAUUGAGAAAGAAUCUGAGUGUUCAAAUAUUAAAAAAUGUUGUUGUCUCGUCGUGCCUGUUACAAGUGUGGCAACAUCGGCCACUAUGCUGAGGUUUGCUCGUCUUCCGAACGCCUUUGCUAUAACUGCAAGCAGCCCGGACACGAAUCAAACGGUUGUCCACGACCUCGUACUACUGAAACGAAACAGUGCUAUCACUGCCAGGGCCUUGGACACGUCCAGGCUGAUUGCCCUACCCUGCGAUUGAACGGAGGAGCGACAAGUGGCCGUUGUUACAACUGCAAUCUUCCUGGUCAUUUAGCCCGGAAUUGCCACAAUGCCGGAAUGCAAGGCGCUCCGCGCAACGUAGGCGGUGCUCGCGGAGGCUUCAAUGCACCCUUCCGUGGUGGUUACGGAGGGUACCCAAGAGCGGCAACCUGCUACAAAUGCGGCGGGCCGAAUCACUUCGCGCGAGAUUGCCAGGCCCAAGCCAUGAAAUGCUAUGCUUGCGGUAAAUUGGGACAUAUCUCGCGAGAUUGUACCGCUCCCAACGGUGGACCUUUGAGCUCGGCAGGCAAGGUUUGCUACAAGUGCUCUCAGGCCGGCCACAUUUCCCGGGAUUGUCCCACCAAUAAUACCGCUAAUACUACUACCGAGACUAAUACUCAGCCUACAGCCGAGACAACAGCUCCCGCUCCACCAGCAACAGAAACUACCACUGAGGCUCCUCAGGCUCCAGCGGCUGCCACGACUCCAGCAGUGGCAUAGAGGGUUGUAGACUACAGCCGUUGAGAGCACGCCCCCGCUCCUUCUUUACUAACUUCAGUCUUUUUCUUUUCUUUUUUGACUCGGUUUCUAUCAUUGAUUUUGGAUUAGUCUCAUCUCAUAUAUUGCACAUAUCACGCCCGUAACAAAUCAUCAGUACCAAUAUUUUAUGUAUACGACGAGCAAAGAUUUCACGAUGUCCUAGUUUCUACGACCCGGGUCCAGCAUGGCUCAAGCCUCAUGAAAAAAAAAUCGGCGUCGAGUGUCUUUCAAAAUGGAAUUCAUCUGCGUUUCACGUACUAUCAGGAAGAGAAGAAAGAGCAAGGCAUCUUGAGGGUUAAUUGAGCGGAGUGAAAGGAUGGAAUGGACUAAAGCGAGCCGGAGUGGAAUUGGCUUUCUCCGCCCAUGGACGUUGGUGCUGACUUUCCAGUUUUACGGUACUGGCGUGGCUUUUCUGGUUACAUGUCUAGUUGUGCUUUAUUUCCCUUUCCUUUGACCCGGUUUUAUCUGGUGUCGGUCUCAGUCUCUUAGUUUUCUUUCCUUUGGGUCUGUACAAUAUGCCGGCGGUUCUUCUACCGGGCUAAACUCGUUCUUGUCUCCAUCUAGUCCAGC